AUGAGAUUCAUUCGCCUAGUGCUGCAUAUAUGUAAUGCUUUUAAGUUAUUUGUGCUGAAAAGCUUUUUACGCAUCUGCAGGUCUCACAAUGUUGAUUUGUUGAACAAGACUUGCACCUGCCAAAGAUGGCGUGUUUAUGGUUUUCCAUGCUCUCAUGCUACAACAGCUAUAUCUGCCAAAGGUGAUCGAUACGUAGAUUAUAUCGAAGACUACUUCAAAGUUACAAAUUUUCAGCAGCUGUAUUCAAUUGCUAUCAGACCAAUCCCCAACUACAACAGGCCAGAGCAGUAUCUGCCAGAGGAUACUAUUUUUCCACCCCAUCCACGAGUUCCACCAGGUAGGCCAAAGGGAAAUCGUAUCAAGAAUGCAUGGGAGAAAGCUAGGAAGUCCGUCCGUUGUUCCAACUCUCAGAAAGAAGUUGGAGAGUCUCAGCAUAUGCUUUAG